AUGAAUGGUGGGCAGCAGAAAAUGAGAGCAAUGGUGGCAGGGUCCGUGUGGUUGUGGUUGUUGGUCUUUGUAUUGGGUGUGGGGGUGUCGGAGGGAGGAGAUUUGGCGGCGAAGUGCAACCUGCUGGUGCAGAAAGUGCUUCCGUGCCUGAACUUCGCGACGGGGCAGGCGGCGGUUCCGACGAAGGAGUGCUGCGAGGCGACGCUGGAGAUAAAGAAGAGCGAUCCGGAGUGCCUGUGCUUCGCGAUCCAGCAGACGCAUAAAGGGAGCCCUGAGGUGAAGAGCAUGGGCAUUCAAGAGGGGAGGCUCCUUCAGCUCCCUUCUGCUUGUAACUUGAAGAAUGCCAGCACCUCCAAUUGUCCUAAGCUGCUGGGUCUAUCUCCAAACUCCCCUGACGCUGCCAUCUUCAGGAAUGGUUCGUUGGGAACGAACUCCACUUCAACGUUGGGAACUGCAACACCCCUCUCAGACACCCACAAGCCUUCGUUUGGAACCAUGCUUCCAUCUCCUCUCACGCUACUCCUAGCUGCGGUGGUUUCCGCCGUUCUCCUCCUCAUUCCAAUUUCUUCUGUCAACAUUAGUUAUUGGUGA